AUACACAUUAAAUUAACCGGAUUUAAUUUAUACAUACAAGAAAAUAGAUAUUUUCCAACAAAAAAAAGCAAAAUGUCGAAGCCAGACGAAAAUGCGGACACGGGGGACACAGGAGAUAACUCAAAUGGAUCUUCGGCCGAGACCACAUCGUCCCGAGGUGGUGAUUUCGAAACAAAACUUGAAACCGAUCGUAGUAAACGAUUUGAUUAUUUACUAAAGCAAACUGAAAUAUUCUCACACUUUAUGACAAAUAAUCAGAAGGACAAAGCUGGGAGCCCCUUAAAGAUCAAAGCUGGGAGACCCAGAAAACAGCCAGAGACUCAAGUGAAAUUCGAUUCUGGUGACCAUAGACACCGUAAGACGGAACAAGAAGAAGAUGAGGAGUUGUUGGCUGAAAGUAACGCCAGUGUCGCGCCUACCACCCGUUUCGAAUCAUCUCCACACUACAUUAAGUCUGGUGAGUUACGAGAUUAUCAAAUACGAGGCUUAAACUGGAUGAUAUCUCUGUAUGAGCAUGGUAUCAAUGGUAUCUUGGCUGAUGAAAUGGGUUUGGGUAAAACUCUACAGACUAUCUCAUUACUGGGAUAUAUGAAACACUUUAGAAACAUUCCUGGCCCACACAUAGUCAUUGUUCCCAAGUCUACAUUGGCUAACUGGAUGAAUGAGUUUAAAAAAUGGUGUCCGUCAUUGAGAGCAGUUUGUCUCAUAGGAGAUGCAGAAACUCGAAACACUUUUAUCAGAGAGGUUAUGAUGCCUGGAGAAUGGGAUGUUUGUGUAACAUCCUAUGAGAUGGUUAUAAAGGAAAAAUCAGUGUUUAAGAAGUUCAAUUGGCGUUAUAUGGUAAUUGAUGAAGCUCACAGAAUAAAAAAUGAGAAAUCUAAGCUCUCUGAGAUUCUGAGGGAGUUUAAAACUGCUAAUCGCCUUUUGUUAACAGGAACACCUUUACAGAAUAACCUUCAUGAACUGUGGUCUUUGCUCAACUUUUUAUUACCAGAUGUGUUUAAUAGUUCAGAUGAUUUUGAUUCUUGGUUUAAUACUAAUAGUUUCUUAGGUGAUAAUUCAUUAGUCGAAAGAUUACACGCUGUCCUUAGACCAUUCCUUUUGAGACGUUUAAAAUCUGAGGUAGAAAAAGGACUGAAACCUAAAAAAGAAAUCAAGGUCUACAUUGGUCUCAGUAAAAUGCAGAGAGAAUGGUAUACCAAGGUACUUAUGAAGGACAUAGAUAUAGUUAACGGUGCUGGCAAAAUUGAAAAGAUGAGAUUGCAGAACAUCUUGAUGCAGCUGCGUAAAUGUUGUAAUCAUCCAUAUUUGUUUGAUGGUGCAGAGCCUGGACCACCAUACACGACUGAUGAACAUCUUGUUUAUAAUUGUGGUAAAAUGGUUAUCUUAGACAAACUAUUGCCAAAAUUGCAGCAACAAGAGUCACGCGUUCUUAUAUUUAGUCAAAUGACCAGAAUGUUAGAUAUUUUAGAAGAUUAUUGUCAUUGGAGAGGUUUUCAAUAUUGCCGUUUGGAUGGCAACACAGCACACGAGGAUAGACAACGUCAAAUCAACGAAUACAAUGCACCGGGAAGUGAGAAGUUCAUUUUCAUGUUGUCGACUCGUGCGGGUGGUUUAGGUAUUAAUUUAGCAACGGCGGAUGUAGUAAUUAUUUAUGAUUCCGAUUGGAAUCCACAAAUGGACUUGCAGGCGAUGGAUCGAGCUCAUCGUAUAGGCCAACAGAAGCAAGUCCGUGUAUUCAGGUUCAUCACGGAAAAUACCGUAGAAGAAAAAAUCGUAGAACGUGCGGAAGUUAAAUUGCGUUUAGAUAAGCUAGUUAUUCAACAGGGGCGAUUAGUGGACGCGAAGCAGACAGCAUUGAAUAAGGACGAAAUGUUGAACAUGAUCAGGCACGGUGCAAAUGAGGUGUUUGCAUCGAAAGACAGCGCCAUCACAGACGAAGACAUAGACACUAUACUUCAAAAAGGUGAAGCUAAGACCGAGGAAAUGAAACAGAAGUUAGAAAGUCUAGGUGAAUCUUCUCUGCGUAACUUUACUGUGGACGCACCCACGGAUUCCGUCUACCAAUUCGAAGGUGAGGAUUACCGCGAAAAACAAAAGAUUCUUGGAAUAGGUAACUGGAUAGAGCCACCGAAACGCGAACGUAAAGCCAAUUACGCGGUCGACGCUUACUUCAGAGAAGCUCUCCGAGUAUCAGAGCCAAAAGCCCCGAAAGCACCUAGACCACCAAAACAACCGAUAGUCCAAGACUUCCAGUUCUUCCCGCCACGAUUAUUCGAAUUACUUGAUCAAGAGAUAUACUACUUCCGACAGACAGUAGGAUAUAAAGUUCCAAAAAAUCCAGAACUUGGAUCGGACGCUGCAAGGAUUCAGAAAGAGGAGCAGCGUAAGAUAGAUGAAGCUCAACCAUUAACCGAUGAAGAAGUUGCGGAGAAAGAGAAACUGCUUACUCAAGGCUUCACGAACUGGACGAAGAGAGAUUUUAAUCAAUUCAUAAAAGCUAAUGAAAAAUAUGGUCGUGAUGAUAUUGAGAACAUAGCUAAGGAAGUAGAAGGAAAAACUCCUGAAGAAGUGAUGGAGUACUCGGCUGUUUUUUGGGAAAGGUGUCAUGAAUUGCAGGAUAUUGAUAGGGUAAUGGCUCAAAUCGAACGAGGAGAAGCAAAAAUACAAAGACGAGCUGGGAUUAAGAAAGCCUUAGACGCCAAAAUGGCAAGGUACCGUGCUCCUUUUCAUCAAUUGAGGAUAGCGUAUGGUACAAAUAAAGGUAAGAAUUACACCGAGGAGGAAGAUCGAUUCCUCGUGUGUAUGUUGCACAAGCUUGGCUUUGACAAGGAAAACGUAUAUGAGGAACUUCGUGCCACGGUCAGAUCGGCGCCACAAUUUCGUUUUGACUGGUUCGUAAAGUCUCGUACAGCUUUAGAACUUCAGCGGCGAUGCAACACACUAAUUACGCUCAUCGAGCGCGAGAAUCAAGAGUUGGAGGAGCGAGAGAGACAAGAAAGGAGAAAGAAAGGCGGCAGUAUUGGUGCAAAACCUGCGUCCAAGCGAAAACAAGAGAACCUACCAGCUCCGCAAGAUAAACCGCGGAAAAAGAAGAAAUAAAAAAUUUAAACGGAAAUACGUUUCCAGUUAUCAUUUGAAAAAAUAAUUUAACCACGAUAUAAUAAUCUUUCCAUCGUUCAUCCCCCAAACAUUAAAACGAUCUGUCAUCGAUUAAAUUUAAGGAGAACCUGUAAACUUUUUUGCAGUUUCGUCACUUUUUCAUUCCUCUGCGAGAUUCACAUUUCAAUAUGAUUACGUUUGACUCGCUUUUUCUUAAUAACUAUCGAUAAAUAUUUGGAGUUAACGGAAACAAGCAACUAACAGAGUAGAACAGAAAAACGGCUUAAAUUUCGUUUUGUGGCACAUCGAAUUUUUCAUUUUUUUUCUCUUUUAUAAUGUACGAUAGUUUCUGGCGAGAGUGUCCAAAAUAUUAAUUUUAUACGUAUAUCAAUAACUUUUAAAGUAACGCCUCUCACAAAUUAAAACUAGUUAUUUUUAAAUUCUACUCGUCAAAACCUAUCGUACAUCAUGAAAAAAGAAGUCAGAAAUUCAGUCUAUCGCAAAACGAAGUUCAGCCAGAGAACAUAUUUGUUAAUAUCGUUAAUAAACGUAUUAUUGUAAUAAAUGGAUUUUCACAUGUGACAUUAAGAAUGAUAGCUUUUAUAUUUAUAUGUACCGAAUAAUCUAUUUCGAUUAAUCUUAUGAAUGUCAAAGUGAUGCUUGUUUCUGACAUUGAUGAAGUUAAAGGAAAGCGAGACUUUUUUAUACAUAUAUAUAUCAUAAUUAUCAUAGACUACACUCAAUAGCAUGCAUGUAUUGCAUAUAAAUCACAUACGUACCUUGAUUUAAUUUUAUAUAAUUGUAAUGCAAUAUUACAUGAACGAUUUUAUUUAUUUGCUAUGAUUUUAAAAGGCAUUGUAAUUCGUUUUACGAAUAAAUACCAUGUGCCGUUUCAUAUGAAAACCUAAAGUGUUUAGUUGUUGAUUAUUAAUCACCUUAUGUAAAAUUGAAAUGACGAUAAUUAAAAUACGAUUGUGGUGGAUUAGAAUAUGAAGAUUAUGAACGAUAGAAAACAUAAUCAAUUCUAUUUUCAUGUUUUUGAAUAUGUAAUUAUAUGUAUAGAAUUUUAGAAUUCUUAGUACUGAGUGAAGAAAAGAUAUUUAGGUUUAUAUAUAAUAUUAGGUUUAUUUGUGUUUAAAUCAAAUGUAAUUAUGAAUAAUAUAAUAUCGUAAUGAUACAUACAUACGUAUAUUAAUUUAAACGGUGAAUGUAUUAUUGUUCGUAUAGUUUAGGAAAUCGAUUAUCGAAAUAAGAUAAAUCACAAAUUCUUUGUUGAACAAUCAUCGAUUUUUAAAGUAUAUAGAUGAAACAUUUAAAAAUGACUAUAAAUACGAUUACAUUUCAAAAACUUACAUUCUCUUCAUACAACAACUUGAAAAAGGUAUUAUACAUAUAUAUCAGCGUUUAUAUCGAAAUGCAUAAAAAGCAAUUUUAAAAUUAUUAUUUUAUUCCUUUUCUAGAAGAAUUUUUUAUAUUCUAAUUUUCAUUAAUCCAGUUAUUGGAUACGAUUUACAAGAGAACAAAGCAUUGUUACUUUUAAAUGCAUCGGAAAGUCGAAUUAACCGAUAAUCGGUAAAAUAUGCAUACAAGAGUUUCGUGGUAAAUUUAACAAAAAAUUGUUCAUUAAUUGUGUACAUACAAUCAUUAUUCUAAUAACUAUACUAGUAUUUUAUAACUAUAUUCGAUGAUAUAUUACUAGGAAUUAUUGAUUUUACAAGAUCACAAAAAGAAGAUAUUUUACCGAGUAUGAUAAUAUCAUAAUUUAAUAUAUAAUUUAGUAUAUAUAUAUCAAUAAGAUAGUUAUAUAUUUUUAUAAAUGUAUACUAAUUAUUAAAAAAUAUUGAUUAACUAUAUCAUGAAUUUAUGAAAGUACUAUAAGAAACGUAGGAAACAUAUAGAAAUAUGACUUUAUUUUUCUUAAAAUAAAACCGUAAAAGGUAUUUUUUAAAAUAAAAGAGAGUUCUUAUUGCUGCAUUAUAUCAAUGUUAAGAGAGAUAAAUCUCAAAUAAACUUAAUAAA